CUCUUCGCAUCGCGGCGUUCCACGCUUUCUUUUCUUUCAUCUGGUCCGCACAAUGAAGUUUGACCAAGGGAUGAUCUCCAUCUUGGCGUGCGCCGUCGCCAUCCUCACACCUGAUGUCACGGCGUCCUCCCUGCAGCUGUCACCUGCCGCCCCUCUGCGGUCGGCAUUUGUUCCACCACCAUCGACAGCACAGCCAUGGAGACCACGGAGGCCGCUUCGCCUGUCUGCUCUGCGGAUGGCAGACACCACAUGGAACGAUGCCAAAGUGCUCGGUCAGCUCAGCACAUCGGACACUGUCAUGCGGAUCAGCAUGAAUGUGAGUGUAUGGUUGUUGUUUCGGUGUGUAUUGGCAGAUUCGUUCCCUGCUGCUGAAGGCAUGCGGAGCCUGUCUGUUGAGGUGCCCAAGGAGGUGUCGGCCGGGUUCACUGUGCCUGGGCAGUUCGUCCAGAUCACCGACAAGAGUGAGGAGCAGAAGCCCAACUUCUUCGCCAUCGCAUCGCCGCCGCCACCAAAGGGACGAAAAGGUGAGAGAAGAGAGAAUAGCGACACGUGCACACAACACACCAAUGGACUAUUUCCGUUAAUCCCGUGCACACACCAAUGGACUCAUCUUUGUUGUGUGUCACUGUCAGGUCUGCUUGAGUUCCUCAUCAAAGAGACCGACAGCAUCCAGUGGCUGACAAGCGCCCCACUCGGCACGCCCAUCAAGGUCAGCAAUGUCAUGGGAAAGGGCUUUUCCAUUACCGACGAGUUCGACAGCUACAAGUACGACUCGCCUGUGCUCGACAUCGCCUUCUUCGCGUGCGGGUCGGGCAUCGCCCCCAUCCGCAGCGUCAUCGAGUCCGACGUGUUGAGGCUGGCGAGCCAGGAGGAGCCUGACCUGCUGGCGAGGACAGCAACCCUCUUUUACGGCUGCAGGAGUGAGGACACCAUGGCAUACAAGGAGCGCUUCAGUGAGUGGGAGAAGAUGGGCGUGGAGGUGCGGCCUGUGUACUCGAGAGCGGCGCAGAAGGAGUAUGUGCAGCAGGACCUCUCACGUGAAGGCGUCGCAAGACCGAGAAACACCGGUGGGUCAGGGAGUGGGGAAGGAAGGCAAGAAGGGGUGGCGGCUCUCCUCAUAUCCGUGUGUUUGUGUGUGUGUUUCAGGUGUGUUAUUGUGUGGGCAGAAGGGCAUGUGUGACGAUGUGACCAAACAGCUUGCCAAGGUCGGGGUAUACGACUCGAGAAUGCUGACCAACUUUUGAUUGAGACGAGAUCGGUUCAGGGGGUAGACAGACGUGGUUGAUGUUGAUGACCAAAUGCGGCCCAGAUAUCUAUCUAUUUGUCAUUCACCACUCGUGUGUGUGUUCGUGAGGAUGCGCCUCUACUGGCGGUGUUGAUGGAGCUGUGGCGGUCUACACACACCACUGGCAAAACAGUCGCAUCGGUGUCGACAGCGUGGGUGCGAUUACAUGGAC